UAGUAGAAUGAUGUAAUUGAAGGCAAAAAAUAAUUUUGUCAUUGCUCAUCAGCUGUGAUCAAGGUUCCAAGGAAGCCGGGUGAGGAGUUUCCUUCACGGUGACUUCUAUCUCCCUCCAAAAUUGCACGACAAGGUUCAAGAGGAAGUCAGAAGCAAAAUUUUAUGUUUUAUAAAGUCAUAAUUCAUCCCAACACAUACCACAGUCGUUGAUCCUCAAUUGAUUAUCAUGCCCAACUUGUUGGAAUCGUGCGUCACUUACUUCGGGACGAAAGAUCUUUACGUGAUCUUCGGUAUACAAAAAUCGGCCGACGCCAAUGAAAUUAAUAAAGCAUACAGAAAACUUUCUCUGAAAGUCCAUCCUGAUCGAGUAGCCAAAAAAGAACAGGAGGAGGCAACGGAAAAAUUCAAAGUUGUUGGGCAAAUCCAUUCGAUUUUGUGUGAUCCGGAUAAACGUGCUCUUUACGACGAAACUGGUAUUAUCGCCACAGAAGAUUUGACCGAUUUCGAAGACAAGGACUGGUACUCGUAUUGGAGGUUGAUAUUCAACAAUAUCACUACAGAGCAAUUAGUCGAGUAUGAAAAGAAAUAUAAAGAUUCAAGAAAGAAAUUUACGGCUAACAAGUUAACAGUGAAUGCGCAGUACUAUUUCCCACAAAAUAGAGGUCCUGUCAUUAUCGACCACCCCACACUUUCGUCCAAAGAGAAUAUUCCUGCCAAGAAUGUGCAAAUAAAAAGACUUAGGAACAUGGGCAUUUCCGACAAUAUUCUACACCAGUCGGUCUGGGACUCGGAUCCUGAGCUUUUCGAGAUGAUGAAAGACGAGAAAAAGCGACAACGCAGAGGACUGGAACUGAUAGCCUCCGAGAACUUCACCUCGCUCGCAGUACUCCAGUGCCUGAGCUCCUGCCUUCACAACAAAUACUCCGAAGGCUUACCUGGCCAGAGGUAUUAUGGUGGAAAUGAGUUUAUUGACAAAGUGGAACUUCUGGCCCAAAAGAGAGCACUGGAAGCGUUUAGUUUGAGCAAUGAAGAAUGGGGUGUAAAUGUUCAACCGUAUUCUGGAUCUCCAGCUAAUCUCGCAGUUUAUACUGCUCUUUUACAACCACACGACAGGAUAAUGGGUUUGGAUCUCCCUGAUGGAGGACACUUAACCCAUGGUUUUAUGUCAGCCCAGAAAAGAGUUUCUGCCACGUCAAUAUUUUUUGAAUCCUUCCCGUAUAAGGUGGAUCCUAAAACAGGUUUAAUCGAUUAUGAUAAAUUGGCUGAACAUGCGAGAUUGUUUCGACCUAGGGUUAUCAUUGCAGGUGUAUCCUGCUAUUCGAGAUGUCUUGAAUAUAAAAGAUUCAGGGAAAUUGCUAAUGAAGUCGGUGCUUAUCUUUUCGCUGAUAUGGCGCACGUAAGCGGUCUUAUUGCUGCUGGAGUGAUCCCGGGACCUUUUGAAUAUUGCGAUGUUGUGUCUACCACCACACAUAAAACCCUUAGAGGGCCAAGAGCAGCUGUCAUCUUUUUCAGAAAAGGAGUCAAAUCGACAGGAAAAGAUGGAAAGCCGGUGUAUUAUGACUUAGAGACACGUGUUAACAAUGCAGUUUUCCCAGCCCUCCAAGGUGGGCCGCAUAACAAUGCGAUAGCAGGGAUUGCCACAGCAAUGAAGCAAGCAGCAACUCCUCAAUUCAAGCAGUAUCAGGCUCAGGUUGUAGCAAAUGCAAAGAGGCUGUGUGCUGGGCUUCAAAGUCUUGGAUAUCAAAUCGCUACCGGAGGGACGGACGUUCAUUUAGUACUCGUCAAUGUCAAACCUAAAGGAUUGACAGGAGCUAAAGCUGAGUUUAUACUCGACGAGGUUAACAUCGCUUGUAACAAAAAUACAGUGCCAGGAGACAAAAGCCCACUCAACCCAAGUGGUAUUAGGUUGGGUACGCCUGCUCUUACGACAAGAGGCCUCAAGGAACCGGAGAUAGACAGAGUCGUUGAAUUCAUCGAUGCAGCUCUGAACCUCGCAGUCGAAGCACAGAAAAAAUCUGGUCCUAAACUUGUUGACUUUAAAAAGGAAAUAGUAUCAAAUGAAGAGAUUUCUGGGAAAGUGGAUGCGCUUAAAAAGGAAGUCGAAGCGUUUGCUGAACAGUUCCCUAUACCCGGAUACCCAGAUUAUUAAAAAGAAAACAUUUCCCAUUGAUAAUCAAUUGAUAAAUUUGCUCAGCUAGUAUAUAUCGGCCAAAUCAAAUGUUUCCACAUUGCAUGGCCUUUUGUAAAUUAUUAUCAUAACUAUAAUCAAACACAUUGUAAAACAAACAAAUUAAAUUAGUUUUAAAAAA